AUGGAAAUGAAGAGAGAGAAAGCACACAACAGAAGAGAAGAGAACACAAUCUCAUCAAUCCUCUUGGUCUUAGCAAACAACAUAGGCUUAGCACACACGAACAUAAACACAAACACCUGGUGUGCAGUAAAGUAAGUUAUGUCCGCACAUGAAUGAAUGACAUCUCCUCACAACUCUCUCUCGCCCGCUGAAUCUUCCAUGGAUCACGCCGACUCCUCUCACCACACCCCCAACAAGCGCCGCCGCGGCGCCGUCCCCGCCGCCGCCGCCGACUCCUUCUCCGGCGAGGUCUGGAGGAACUUCACCGACAGCUUCCGUGAAGUCCAGUCAGUUCUUGAUCGCAACCGCGUCUUGAUCCAGCAGGUCAAUGAGAACCAUCAGUCCAAGAUGCACGAUAAUAUGGUGAAGAACGUGGAGUUGAUUCAGGAGAUUAAUGGGAAUAUCACCAGAGUUAAGGUGCUGUAUUCGGAGCUGUCUUCGAGUUUUUCGAGUGUGUUGAGGAAUGGUAGGGAUGGGGCUGGAGGUGGGAAUGAUGGGGAGGAGUGACCGUUAGGUUGUUGGGGUGCCCAGCAUCUCCCUAGCUCGAACCGCGAUGUCGAUUAUUACAAUAUAAGGCUAUAGUUGCGCCAUCUCCAACAAGUAGCUGCUUUCGGUGUAGUGGUUAGCGGGUCCUAAAAACUGUUAGGUGAUUUUGAAUUUAAGUCAGUGUGUUGAUCAUCAUGUUGUGCUUUUCUUUUUGUGAUAUGUGAAUUUUUAGACUAAGUGCUGCUCUUGUUAGUUUCAUGGUUUUCAAAACUCGGAAUUUUUAUGUGACAAUACAAGCUUGUUUAGUGUGUAA